CUGCGUCACGACUGGAUAUGGUAAUCACAAGAGGACAGUGAAGAGGCUAUCCUGAUCCGGAAUUCCACAUUUAUUUUCUGGUUCUGGAGUAAUUCCCUCCAGGAUAUGGUCACCCCUGGCAGCUGGAGGACCGUUUCAGCGGAAGAUAGGACGCGUUUUUCUUAGAGAUUAGCUCAGAGACUCGUGCGGAAAGGAUUUUGCUAAGAUGGGGGAACCUGACUCGGCAGCGGAUCUCUCUGCAACUUUGCUGCACAUACUCGCCAACGACAGCCUGUCUAACCUGACGCAGGCAAACUACACGAAUGUGUCGGCCAGCACAGCGAAGCCCGCACCUCCCCCUGCCCCCACCCUCCCCGGGGUGCCUGAGGAUGAGGCUGCAGGGCUGGAACAGUCCAUGAGCAUGACCAUGUUCUUCAUCUGUAUCAUGUUAGCCCUGUGUAUCAUGCUGGUGCAUCUACUGAUCAAGACCAGGUUCCACUAUUUACCUGAGAGUGUGGCCAUUGUGUUCCUGGGUGCUGUUGUUGGGUUGAUAAUCAAACUGAUGAACAAAUUGGAACUCGGAAACUGGACAAGAGAAGAGGCCUUCCACCCAACCACGUUUUUCCUGGUCAUGUUACCUCCAAUCAUUUUUGAGUCAGGGUAUUCUCUUCAUAAGGGAAACUUUUUCCAGAACAUGGGUUCCAUCAUGCUGUUCGCUGUGAUAGGGACCAUCCUGUCAUCCCUGGUCAUCGGUGGGGGCAUCUAUCUGCUAGGGAAGGCUGGGGUGGCCUUUGAGUUGACCCUUGGAGAAAGUUUUGCGUUUGGUUCCCUGAUCUCAGCCAUUGAUCCCGUGGCAACCAUCGCCAUCUUCCACGCUCUCGGAGUGGAUCCCAUCCUCAACAUGCUGGUGUUUGGGGAGAGCAUUCUCAACGAUGCUGUCUCCAUCGUUCUUGCAAAUACUGUGAUCAUGCUGACGGCCCCCUCCAUGGCAGACGUGGACUCUACCACCGCCUUCUUCCUCAUGGUGGGAAACUUCCUCAAGAUGUUUUUCGCCUCCGCUGCCAUCGGUGUGUCGUUUGCCGUCAUCAGCGCACUGUUACUGAAGCACAUCAAUCUACAGAGGACACCUUCGCUGGAGUUCAGCAUCAUGAUGAUAUUUGCCUACACACCGUAUGUUUUAGCUGAAGGACUCAAGCUGUCAGGUAUUAUGGCGAUCCUGUUCUGUGGAAUUGUGAUGUCCCACUACACCCACUACAACCUGUCUCCUGUCACACAGAUCACCAUACAACAGACAUUCAGAACCAUGGCUUUCCUAGCAGAAACCUGUGUGUUUGCCUACCUUGGUCUGGCCAUCUUCAGCUUCAGACAUAACUUCAAACCAGCUUUUGUCGUCUGGAGUAUCGUUCUUUGUUUACUUGGUCGGGCUGUCAACAUCUUCCCACUGUCCUAUAUCGUCAACAUCUUCAGAGAUCACAAGAUCACCAAAAAGAUGCAAUUUGUCAUGUGGUUUAGCGGAUUGCGAGGUGCCAUUGCCUACGCCCUGAGUCUCCAUCUGGAGUUGGAGGGGGAGAAGAGACAUGUCAUCAUCACUACUACUCUCAUCAUUGUGCUGUUCACUAUCCUGUUCCUAGGGGGCUCUACUAUGCCACUCAUGAAAUUGAUAAAAGUGGACAGUAGACAGAAGGUCACCAAAGAAGUCACACUCAGUAAAACAGAGGAGUUGGGUAAUGCCAUAGAAUCUGAACACUUGUCAGAGCUGACCGAGGAGGAAUAUGAAGUGAAUUUUGUGAAGCCGAACCUGAAAGGCUUUAUGAGGAUAGAUGCUAAGUACCUGGUCCCUGCCCUGACAAGACGAUUCACUCACCAGGAGCUGCGAGAAGGCCAGACCCACAUGAAACAGCUGACUAACCAGUGGUACCAGGAGGUCAGAGGUCCUGCCAUGGAGUCUGAUGAGGAAGUGGACAGUGCAGAGACGGACAGGCUCACCACAACCACUCAGUUUUAACCUGCUACCUACUGAGACCAUCUUACAGCCACCACUCAGUUUUAACUUUCCUCCAGCUGAGACCAAAUCACAGCCACCACACAGUUUUUAACCUUCUACCUACUGAGGGGGUGCAGAGACAGACAGACUCACCAUAACUACUCAGUUUUAACUUUCCUCCUACCGAGACAUGCUCACAGCCUCCACACAGCUUUAACUAGCUUUCCUCCAUCUGAGGGAACACUAAGACUGACAGGCCCACAGCCACCACUUUGGUAUUAUUAUAGACUAUAUGAUAAUGACACCAAUAAGUCUGAAAUACAACAGUUCCUGAC